UUCUGUCUCGACGGUAACAGGAAUAUAAAUUAGCACUGUUCUCACCUUGCCAACCGUGUGCUUUUAGGCUUAGACAGCGAUCUGGGGAAAGAUGACAUUCUACGAUGGCAUUUACCCAUUCUACCCCGAAACAAUUACUCCCUUCAUCUUCAAUCUCAAACUACUGACAGUCAUCCUGGUCUUCCUUGUUGCUGCCGCCACUUUCAUCGUUGUUCUCCCAGGGAUACGCGGCAAAGCUAGACUUUUCUGGAUGUUCAGAAUGACCCUCAGUUUAUUUAUAGGCACAGUGAUAGUUGCGGUAAACUUCACAAGUGACUGGGCUGCUGCCAGCGUGAAGGCCAACACCACUUACAAGUCCUUUAGCAGUGCGUUUGUGAGCGCUGAGGUGGGACUGCAUGUAGGACUGUCAGGGAUCAACGUCACUCUGAAAGGUGACCCGUUGGAGCAGCUGAAUGAGACGAUAGACUACAAUGAAGAGUUCAGUUGGACAGAUGUUUUAGACAAGGACUACACUGAUGCCCUGGAGAGGGGGCUCCCCAACCCCAUCCUGUACAUCGCUGAAAAGUUCACCCUCGACAGCCCCUGUGGCCUCUACUACCUGUACAGAUACUCUGGCCGAUACGCUUCCGCCACCAUGUGGACAGCAUUCUGCUGCUGGCUAGUUGCCAACAUCCUGUUUAGCCUGCCAGUCAUCCUGUAUGCUGGGUACAUGAUGGUUGCCACGGGAACCUUCAUCUUCUUCUCCCUGGCCUCCUUUGCCACCAUACAGAACAUCCCAGCCUGCAGUUUCACCAUAGGGACUGCUUCCUUUCAGAUCAGUUUCAGCAUCUCAUUCUGGUUGUCCCUUGCCACAGGUGUGCUGUGCUUUCUUAUUGGUGCAGUGGUGGUUAUACUGGACAUUUUGAUGCCAGAGAAGAUGAGAGAAACCUUCAACAUGGAUGUGGAUGAUUCUGAUGAGGACUCCUAUUUGAGUGAAGGUUACAUGAAUACCGCCUUUCUUGAUGAAGUGACAACUCUUCCACCAGUAAGGUUAAUUGAGGUGAAGAGAUCAGAGAAGCUUUGAACAAGAAUUUCAAAACUCAUUUCACAAAACUUGACGUGUACAGUAGAAGAUUACCGAAUCAUCCAUUGCCACUUUGCUGUUACUUCAAAACCACAGGAUCAAAAAUAUCCACGAAUGAGAAAUCAUUUUCAUUUGGUUAGACCUACAUGUAGAUACUCAGUGUGUAAAGAUGAAUGUAAAUAAUGUAUUAUA